AUCCUGGUCGAUUAGUUUGUUUCAAGGGACUACGGCUGGCCUCGAUUAUGGAGUGAUGUUCCUCAGUAUGUGCUUUCCCGGCGCACAAAGGCUAGUCACCAUGCACCAUACGGUGAACUAAUGUCUCUUGAAAUCCCAACCGGAUCGAUGAUUAUGGAUCAAUUAUCGGAACAAGCCCGAUACGGAAAUCACUGGACGUCCCGGACUGGCGCAAUUGUUUAUUAUUUUCAAGUUGCAUGAUUUCCCGUCGUCUAUUGUCUCUGACCUGGGGGCUGCAUUUCCGAAUCCUGGAAAGCACUGGUGUCGCAACUUCAAACGAUCGGGUUGGUAUUGCCGAGUUCCAAUGCAAUAGUUCUAAGCCUGGUGCUACUAGGGUGUCUCCAUUCUACGCGAACUACAGAUACCAUAAAUGCGUCAUUUCCCCUGAUCCGAACCGUCUAAUUCCCGCAGCUUCAGAUUUAGUAGAGCAUUUGGCGUUUAUUCAGGAAGAGUUGCAUUCGGAACAAGAAAGUGAAAAAAGACGGCACAAUAAAUGUCGCGCCCCUGCGCUAGUUCCCCUGCCGAAUGAUUUGGCCAUGGUCUUACGUCGCAAUAUACAGACCACGAGGCUUUCUAACAACUCGAUAAUCGUAAAAUCGGCCCAUUUAAGGUGGUUGCACCGGUGGUGGAAGAAUGUUCAUCAUUUCGAAUCACUACCACCGUUGUCCCCUACACCUAGUGUUCGGCGUAAACUUGUUGGAACGCUAUGUAGCCCCGAACAGCUCCGAUGAUCGGGCCACUGACCCAGAAGUUAGUCUGGAGGGAGAUGAUCUACUGAACGUCAGUGGACGUUUGUAAUGUUGGUCGACGACUCGAACACUUCAGUGGAACAGAGCAAAUCAUGUCUGCUAGCCCAAAUGGUUCGUUCGAAAAUUAAUCGGUCUG